AUGUUUUAUGGGAUUGUCAGGGAGAUCUAUGAGGUUGUAAUGAACAAUGACGAGGAUAUUGUGGAGCAUGGUGAUAUCUUGUCGAGUCCGUCCAAGAAAUUAGGACAGAAGAUUUUGCGUUCGCCUGGUAAAGGGAGGAGGAGAGAGAGUGCUAGAAAGCAUUUGCUCGAGAAAAUUAGAAUUGUGGAGACUGAGGAAGUACCAGAGGAAGUAGCAGAUGAAGUAGCGGAUGAAGUAGCAGAUGAAGUACGAGGGGAAUUGCAAGAAGAGGAAACAGAGGGGGGGCUAGAGACACCGAGGAAAAAGAGAAGGACAAAGAUCGAAGUGAAAUUGGAGCCUGUAGAGCCAUUAGAGCAAGAAGUUAAAGUGAAAUUAGAUGAAGUGCCCUCUACUCCUUCGAAGAAACCGAUCAAGAGUACUUCAGUAGAGCACGAUUUCACUUCUCCUUUAAAGAGUGUGAUUUUGAGUAAUUUGCAAGAGUAUAAGGAAAAUGCAUCUUCACAGUCAUUGAAAUUGAGUCGGAAUUUCAACAAAACUCCUUUGCCACCGAAUAACGAUCGGUUCAAGUUUCAACCGGAGAAAGCGGUGUCGUCUUUCUAUGAUACGUUCGAGGGUUAUUUCGACCAGAAGAAAAAUACUAGAGGUUUAAAAAAAUCUAAGAAUACGAUGAGUAUGGCUACGGAACUUACCAGGGAAGAAUUCGCACUUAUAUCAGACAUUUUUCACAAGAAACUACACAGAACUGCGCGUGAUGACCUUUAUAAAAUCCAGAGUAAGAUGUUCCCACAAUACUGGUUAGAGUUAUUACAAGGGUUCUCGUUGUUGUUUUAUGGAAUAGGUUCCAAAAGAGAAUUCAUGGAAAAAUAUGCAUUCGAGUAUUUGGUACCGAAUCUCGCAUAUUCACAAAUGCACAAAGACCAAGUUGCUUAUCCCAAAAAACAGCUGGACAUUAAUGAUUACAAUAUUCCUUGCAUUGUCAUCAACGGUUACAACCCGACUUGUAACUACAGAGACGUCUUCAAAGAUAUUUCAGCUGCAUUGUUACCGGAAGAGUUAACUAGAAAUGAAACAAAGUAUUGGGGGAAUCAUGUACUACUGCAAAUUCAAAAAAUGGUUGAGAUUUAUAAAGACGAAUCCUCAGAUAUCAAGUUGGUCGUUGUAGUGCAUAACCUGGAUGGACCAAGUCUCAGAAAAGAUGCCUUUCAAACGAUGCUCUGCCACCUGGCGCUUAUAAGGCAGGUUGCCAUCAUAGCCUCUACAGAUCACAUUUACGCUCCAAUCUUAUGGGAUAACUUUAAAGCACAAAACUACAACUUUGUCUUCCAUGAUGUUACCAACUACGAGCCCUUCACUGUCGAGUCGUCGUUCCGUGAUGUCAUGAAGAUGAGCAAGAGUGACUCUGCGAGUGGCGCGGAAGGUGCCAAAUACGUUCUCGAAUCUUUGACAGUUAACUCAAAGAAAAUGUACAAACUAUUGGUGGAAACACAAAUAAGGAACAUGGAGAAAAGCACUAAUUCCAAGGGAAAAGUCGCUCCAACAAAGCGUGGUUUGCCCACCAUGGGUGUUGAAUUCAAACAAUUGCUUCACCUAUGUGCAGCCGAAUUUAUCGCUUCCAAUGAGCUGUCACUACGCAGUAUGCUGACUGAAUUUGUUGAACACAAGAUGGCAAAUCUCUCAAAAAAUCCUGCUGGUACUGAGCACGUAUGGGUGCCUUAUAACUACUCAGAGAUGACCAAACUGUAUAGCACAGUACUCAAGGAAUUAUGA